GGCAAGCACCGCGGAACUGCCAACAAAUGCUAUCCCGGGGAUAAUGGUGGUGGUGUAAGCUAAAAUACGCGCACUGUGAUUAACACCGUGAUUACACGAAUAAUUGACCUUAAUUGUGCGUAUCAAGUUAUGACUUGAAAGUACGGUGGACACUCUUUUCUGACAAUGUUUUGGUCGUGAUUGCUCAACAUCAUUUUGGCCUAAUGUCUGUAUGGUCAACAAGCACUGGGCGCAACUCAGUGUUUGCUGCGGAGGGUGCACCAUCUCUUCUCUCUCACAUACCUGUUCACGCACAUGUACAUACUGAACAGCGCAACAAUAACGGCCAUUGCUUCCACAAUCGUACCCACAGUUGUCGGUCGAAGAUGUCACAGUCAGGAGAUGGGCUACAUACACCGGGUUAUCUAUCAUGGAGGAAAUUGCAGUUAAGCAGAGCCAAACUCAAAGCUUCUAGUAAGACUUCAGCUCUACUUUCUGGUUUUGCCAUGUUCAGACGAAACGUUCGCGAUGUCCUGCAACCGCAUCAUGACGACCAUUUUCUACUACGAUGGCUCAGAGCACGAAAAUGGGACGCUACCGCUGCUGAAAAGAUGCUCCGAGACUCACUGGAGUGGAGAAAAAUAUGGCAGGUGGAUAAAAUACACGAAUGGGUGGAACCUCCAAUAUUUGACGAUUAUUUACCCCGGGGAUUGAGCGGGUUCGACAAAGAUGGCGCGCCGGUUGUGAUAACACCUUUCGCUGGGCUGGAUAUGUACGGAAUUUUACACGUCAUAUCAAAGAACGACAUGAUGAAAGUAACGAUAAAGUAUUUAGAGCUAUACCUAAAAAUCGCUCAAGAACAAAGCAAAAAGCAUGGUCAAAUUGCCAAUCAAGUAACCGUGAUUUUUGACAUGGAAGACUUCAAUUUGAGGCAAUACGCAUGGAGACCAGCCGGAGAACUCGUCAUUGCGUUAAUCCAAAUGUACGAAGCAAACUACCCAGAAAUUCUGAAGAUGUGUUACAUCAUAAAUGCGCCGAAGGUUUUUGCUCUCGCUUUUUCCAUAGUUAAGAAUUUUCUUAACGAGUACACGCUGUCAAAAAUACAAAUUCACAAAGCCGAUCCGGCAAAAUGGAAACCUGCGUUGCUGCGCACCAUUCCAGCCGAUCAAUUGCCCAAACACUUUGGGGGAACUCUGACUGACCCGGAUGGUAAUCCAAGACUGACUACCAAGAUCUGUCAAGGUGGUAAAAUCCCUAAGAACAUGUACAGUAGCAAAGCAGAAAAGGACAAACUCAACGAAGAUCUGGAAACGGCAACCAUUAAAAAAGGAGACAAACUUACUUUGAACUUUAUAACAGCGGAAGAAGGAAGCUUUUUACGAUGGGAGUUUAGAUCCGAAAGUCACGAUAUAAAAUUCGGAGUUAUAGAGAAGAAUGAAGAGGGAACACAGUCUGAAGUUAUUCCAAUCCAUCGAGUUCCUGCUCAUCAAAUGGACGAAAUUGGAGUAAUUACUUGUAAAGCCCCAGCCACUUAUUCCGUUAUAUUUGACAAUAGUUACAGCAUACUGAGAAACAAAAAAAUCCACUAUAUGGUGCAGGUUACACCUCCAUUGCCAACAGUUACCGAGGCACUGACUUUGUCCAACAAUUGAACCAUGUAUUAUAAGUUGACGAAGUUAGUCAACGUCAUACAGCUGUCACAUAACGCAACAUGUAUUCAUGAGUGUAGGACUACGUAAUUGAAAAACGCUGUAAAUAAUAAUUCAUUUUUAUGUAUCUAUACAUAUAUAUUCUCAUUUAUUAGUAUUAAAAAUUUUACAAUUGUUAUUAAUUUUCGGAACCCUUUAUAGAUACUUUUGCUUAUUACGGUGAACUGUGAUUAAUUUUAAAUCUUACGCUGUAAAAAGGUCUCUCUUAUCAAUAAAUGAUUAUAUUAAGUUACUCAAAA